AUGGCCUGUGCGCAGCCUAAAGCAGUUAUGUUUGAGCUGAGUUGCGCUAUCUGUUUAGAACAAUUUGAAGAACCAAAAGUGUUACCAUGCCUGCACACUUACUGUAAAGAGUGCCUUGUGAAACUAGUGAAGAGGAAGGGACCUGAUCAUAUCAUAACCUGCCCAGAGUGCCGCCAGGAUGUAAUAGUGAGUUAAGGAUUUUAUUAUUACAACAAAACGCUUUUAACCUUUAUGGAUAUCGAUUCUUCACACUAUUUGCUAUACGUUUCUAUUGAUUUUAGAUCUGGGAAUUUGAAAAUCAAAUCGAUCUUGUCAGGAUAAACCAUUUUCGGUGACACAACUCAGGGAUCGGCCAAUCAGAGGGUGGAACGCUAACAGCUGUGUGUCCAAAGCUCAGGUGCGGGGAGGGUAUGUUUCGGGCUGGUCAGCUUAUAACUAUUGAUAUUGUCUAGGGGGUUUUCUUAGCCCCAAAUGGUGCCAUUGCGUUUUGCCUGACUGUUAGGCAAGUUUAUGCCCUGUUACACCACAGAACAGCAGGAGGGUGGUUUAGUGUCAAAGUGUCGGGUUUGGGAAGGGGCUCUAUUUGACAUUGCAAGCAUUAUCUCCCUAGGUUUUCGGGCGCUUUAAACGCAGGAAGCUUAACGUCAGCUAGCACUAUUACGCAGCCCACCUGGCACUGGCCCAUUCGAGGGUGGGUAGCAAACAGCAGUGUCUAAAGUCAAGGGUUGGCGAGGGCACGUUUUUGUACCCCCAGGUUAACUGGAAUUUGUUGUCAAAUUGUUAGCUCAUCUUGGCAAAGCCCUUCAUGACAAUAAUGAAAAUAAUAAUUACUGAUAUAAUUAUUAUCAUCAUUCUUAUUGGAAAGCUUCUUAUAUUCUCAAAUAGAUUACUGACGGAGAUGUUGACAAGCUGAAGCCAAAUUUUUGGAUGAACAAUUUCAUGACCUUGCUAAGCAUGCAGGACAGCAACAUGUCUUCGUCCAAAAAGCCGCAGGUGUGUGAGCAUUGCGACACUGAGGACCCAGCUGUGUCCCGCUGUACCAACUGCUGUGUUUUCAUGUGCGAGUUUUGUGUCACUGCUCAUAAAAGGAUCAAUGCAUUCAAGGGUCACAAGAUCUUAUCCCUGGAGGAAGUCAAAAGAGCUGGCUCAAAGGCCCUUGUCAAGCCAGCAUUCUGUGAAAAGCAUGGUGGGGAGUUAGUCAAGCUCUUUUGUCAAACGUGCCAAGAAACAAUCUGCCGAGACUGCACUGUUGUUGAUCACCGAGAACAUAAGUACGACUUUGUGGCUGAUAUUGCUGAAAAGGAAAGACGUUCUGUGCGCGCUAUUCUUAAGAAAUGUACAACUAAAGAAAGGGCGGUUGCUGAGGGUCUGAAAGCGGUACAGAACAUGAAAAGCUGUGUCUUAACUAAAAUCUCAGAGGUAAACAAACAGGUGGACUAUUUUAUUGAUGAGCAAGUGAGGGUAUUGGAAGAACAACGUGCACACCUGAAGCAUGAAGCUUUAACACAAGGCCAAGUUAAAGUAAAGCAGCUCGACAGUCAGGCAGACGAUCUUUCCUCCCUUUUGGCCCAGUUGAGAAGUGGCAUUGAUUUCACCGGUCAGGCCAUAGUGGAUGGAGAUGACGUAAAGCUCUUAUCCCUGAAGACACAACUUGUCCAGCGACUUUCUCGGCUUAUUUCGUCACAAGACCAGUUGAAACCCUGUCAGAAUGAUUAUAUGACGCUUCAAGUGAAAAGAUCGAUUAGGGAUGAGGGUGAAUUAGCACAAAUGAUUUACAAACAGUGUGACCCCCAGAGCUGCACCAUUAGCAUGGGAGGGAGACAAGAAGGAGUGAUAUAUCCGACCACAAUGAAUGAAAACGUGUAUUUCACAGUUAUCAUCAAGGAUGAAAGCGGUUGUAGAGUUACAGAAGGUGGGCACAAAGUGUGCAUUGAGGUUCAAUUAAGGAACAAUUUACGACGAGGUCCCCUAGACGAACGCAAUUGUGGAAAAAGAGCAAUCGGCAAUCGGCAACUUGGCAAUCGGUUGGCAAACACUUGGGUAGCACUUGCAGUGCAAGAUAAUGGUGAUGGGUCAUAUACUUUCUCCUAUUGCCCAAUGCAACCCGGAUUUUGUAGUUUGUCAGUGAAGGUUGAGGGUAAACCCAUAAAUAGAAGUCCAUUUAAGUGGCAAGUCAACCAGGCCCAG